AUGGACUUCAGUGGCCAGUAUGAACUUCAGAGCCAGGAAAACAUGAAGCCAUUUAUGAGUGCUCUGGGAAUCCCAGAUGAAAUAAUUGAGAAGAUCAAAGAUCUAAAGAGUGUGACUAAAAUAGUUCAAAAUGGAAAAGACUUCAUUGUGGCCGUGCAAACUGGCAGUCAGGUGCUUGUUAAUAACUUCACCCUUGGGCAUGAGACCCAUGUGGAAACGCCUGCAGGAGACAGGGUCAAGGUAAUGCUAUAUUUUUUCAGCAUUUAUUAGUUUGGAUAAUCGCCAUACAAUUGCAUGUGGUCAACCUCUUUAAAUACAGCCUUGUAUCAUAUACUUGCAAACUACA